GGCUUAUUGUGUUGUUAUUUUUGUGUUCUGCGGUGUGACUGGUAACCGAGAUGCCUGAGCCGGCGAAAUCUGCUCCCGCGCCCAAGAAGGGCUCCAAAAAAGCGGUGACCAAGACCCAGAAGAAAGGGGAUAAGAAGCGCCGCAAGACCAGGAAAGAGAGUUACUCCAUUUACGUCUACAAGGUGCUGAAGCAGGUUCACCCCGACACCGGCAUUUCCUCCAAGGCCAUGGGCAUUAUGAACUCCUUCGUCAACGACAUCUUCGAGCGCAUCGCCGGGGAGGCGUCUCGCCUGGCACAUUACAACAAGCGCUCCACCAUCACCUCCCGGGAGAUCCAGACCGCCGUGCGCCUGCUGCUGCCCGGGGAGCUGGCCAAACACGCCGUCUCGGAGGGCACCAAGGCCGUGACCAAGUACACCAGCUCCAAGUAAACGGGGGUUGUGCCUCUCCGGGAAGUUGUUACAUCUAAAACCCAAAGGCUCUUUUAAGAGCCACCCACUUUCUCUAUAGGAGAGCUGUGCCUCGCUGUCAACAAUAGAACUAAUCUCUCUUUGCAGGGCUUUAACUUGUACAAUCUGCUUAACUUACAUGAGAAACGAACUUGUGUGGAAAACAUCAGUCUUAAGGUUUGAUUAUGUAAUAGGAAAAAUAAGUUUGUUUACGUAUUCUGAGAUCAGUAACUGUAAAAUCUGUCAUUUUAAGAUCUAUUCAGGGAAGGUAUUCAAACAUCUCUUUAUGCAGUACAGAAAUGUCAGUUCACAGUACCCAAAGUACUUCAGAAAGCUACUGGGGAAGGAGAGGCCUGGAGACAUUACUGUAAAUAUACAGACUGGAUUUUUCUAAUAAGAAAACGAAUGUUAAUUUUUAAAAUGACCAUUUAGGGACUGGGGAAACUCAUCCAUUCUUGUCAGUGGUAUCAGAGUCUUCAAUGAAAGAGGCUAUAGUGACUAGGUUUUACGCUUGUUUGUUUUUUAGCUAGAGCUUUUUCUUCAUUCCUCGAGUUUUAUAACUACAAGAAAAUUGUAUUUGGAGUAAAAAUAAGAUCUCAUGUUAGGCUGUGAUAAAUAUUUGCUAUAAACUUUGAAUCCA